GAAAGAAUACUUUAAAGUCUUGUUCAGUUGUCAUACUUCCUUAUCAAUUGUGAACUUGAACCCUGUCCCAGGUAAAUCAUGUGAAUACUUCAAGUCAGUUCCAGGAAACUGCUUCCAUGGACACACCUCUUUAAACAUGAUUGCAGUAUACAGAAGUCGCCUGCAGUAGCUUGAUAAAUAAGAUGAGACUUUGGACUUCUCCCAGGUUGUAAACAAAACUCCCCACCUGGACAAUGGCGGCUGACAUUUCAAGAAAGUUUUCUGGCGAUCUUUCUCCUCAGUCAGAUCUUCGAAUCGUUUUGCUGGGGAAAGUUGGGGCAGGGAAGAGUGUGGUUGCCGGACACAUCCUGGGCCAAGGGAACUGGAAAGACAAAGACAUGUGUGUGAAGACGGAAGGAGAAGUAGCUGGAAGAACAGUGACUGUGGUGGAAACACCGGGCUGGGACAAAAUGUCUGUGAAACGCACGUCCAGCCGAAUCAAAAAGGAAAUAGUGAACAGUGUGACUCUGUUACCCCCAGGACCCCACGCUCUCCUGCUUGUGGUGCCCUUAGGGGAAGAGAUUUCAGACGAUGAGAAAAAGUCUGUCCAGGACCACAUGGAGCUUUUGUCAGAGAGGGUUUGGAAACACACUAUGCUCGUGUUUGUUAGUGAGACUGAGGAAGAGGAUAAAGUCACUCCUUUUGAGCAGGUUAAAGAGAGUACAAGAGACCUUUUGGAGAAAUGUGGAGGCAGACAUAAUGUUCUUUGUGGACCUACAAGUAAUCGUACGCAGGUGUCUGAGCUCCUGCUGAACAUUGAGGGGAUGGUGAAGGACAACGCUGAUGAUUUCUUCUUACCCCAAGUGUACUAUGAACUGUUUGAGAGAACGAGAACAACUUAUGAAGACCGGGAGGAGAAACUAAAACAGAGUUACGAGCUCCAGCUAACACAGACUAAAGCAAACACAGAGUUGAGGAAGAGGAGGAAUAGCAUGGAUGUUUCACCUGAGUUCAGCACAGAGGAGCAGAAGACUAAGGAUGAUCAUGGCUGUCAGAAAGUGGACCAAGAGACAGUCAAAGUUGUUUCGAUGGAGGUGGGGAAGUCUUUAAUGAUAUACAAUUUAAAUACAAUAUCACUGAUCUUAUUUGCAAUUAUUGGAGGAUUCUUUGGGGCAAUUGCAGGGGCACAAUAUGGACCCCUGGGCUCAUGUGUUGGGAUUGUAUUCGGCAUUGCUGUUGGUGUUCUUGUGAGCUUUGGUAUUUGUGCGGCAGUCAGUAAAACAACAGACAUCUCGCCCAAAAGCCAAAUUCCUGGUAUGAGGUGACGACUCAAAUAAAUCUGCAUCUUUAUAUGUUGCGUGAAAGGCUGUCCAUUAUGCCUGUGUAUAUUGUUAAAUAGAAUAUUUUUCACCUCCCUUUUUAUAUACGUGUUUUGAUGCUGGAUUAGACGGCCUUGUGUGUAUUAUUUUUUACAAGUUGAGCUGUCGGUCAUGUUACACUCAGCACUGUAUACAGACAGAACAACAUAUUGUUAUUUUAUUUUGUACUUUAUCAAUGUGUUGAUAUCAAUGCAUGACUCACUGAUUAAUAGGGUUUCCAAUACAUCUGAUAUCGAUGGCAUCCAGACAAUGGGAUAUUAUUUUGUAAACUGAAACUGAUAUCCAUAUUAAGGAUAAUAUAUGUUUUCUAUAUGUUGUUUUAUAACAUGCCCCUUCUCAGUGACUAUGUGUUUUAAGUAACUAUAUGGUCUGUGUUAGCUUCUAAUUCAUGCACCAUAUGAUUGGGCUCAAAAACUGAAGGAGCAACCUGUGGUAUUACAGCCAGGGGACUGUAACAUUUUCUACACAAGUUUUUACAUCUCUAAGAGAGAGAAGAGAGUACAAAGACAAGUAUUGCUAAACUGAAAUGCAAAGAAUGUCACAGCUGGUUUUGUGUGUGAAUCUUCUCAUCUAAGAUUAUAUUACUGGGAUUUCUGUAAUAUUUCCAUCUUUUACUUGACUAUUUGUGAUCUGUAAUGGUGUAAUGGCUGAUAAUUCCAUAUACUAAAGCAACAUUACGCAUGUAACACUAAGCCUUUACACUAAGCAGGAGUUAUUCAAAUAAUGUAAUAUAAUGAAACUGAAUAAAUAUAUGGAUUCUGUGUUGCUGAAAAUAUAAAGAUAGGAAUGGUUAGAAAGGUGGGGUGCACGUACAGGGGUUCCAUGUUCAAGAUCAUGUUAUAUUGUGCAUUGUGAAGGCUAUAUUGGAUUUGCAAAAAUUGUAUAGUCGUCAAAAUUGUUUAGCUUAUCAUUUAUUAAAAUGUUUCCAUCCACUAAA